GCCGAGUCAGAGGCACUGGUGGCUCCUGCGAGUGUGCAGCCCGCGGGGAGCCGGCGCUCCAGGCUGUGAAGCCUCCUGUCCGCCUAGCCACCCGCGCUGCUCACCGGCCCGCGUCUAGAGCCCUGCUCCACUCGCGGCCGCCUCACGGGGGGGCCAGCGGCGCCACAAGGCUAGAGGGCCGCAUCGGUCCCCUCGCCAGCGCCCAGGAUGCCGUUCUACCGGCGCGUGGUGGUGCCCCAGCGUCUGUGCCCGCGCAACCCGCCGCAGCCCCUGACCGAGCUCCGCGACGUGAGCCACCUGGCCGCGCUCAGCCUGCUCCGCCAGCUCGCCGACCUCUGCGGCCACUCGCUGGCUCUGCUCGAGGACCUCGAGGGGCACCUGCUGGCCCUGGGGCGCCGCACCGACAGCCUGUACCGGCGCACCAUUCGUCUCCGCCACCGUCUUCCCUGUCGCCUGCUCGGCCCGGAGGACGACGAAGAACUGCUAGGUGCCUGCUACUGGGCGGACGGGAUUCACAGCCAGAGGGCCAGGGAGCUUGUGGAGGAAGCCAGCACAGGUCAGCUACAAGGAACAAACUGGAUGUGGGUAGAACAGGAGCUCCAGCAGGGCAAGGACUUUGUGUUGAGCACCGCUAUUGUUGCCAUCUGGCACAGAGCAGGUACUCAACAAAUGGUGAAUGAGGAAAUAAUUGACAGGAUGCACUGGCUGGGGCCACCCAAGGUCUGA